AUGUCCAACGUAGCGCACCACCUGGCGCACAGGAAGGAGCGGGAGGAGGAGGGCGUCGGCUCCAACGCCAAGGCCGUCGCCUUCAACCAGCAGGACUUUAGGACCCUGCGGGAGCAGUGCCUGCGCGGUCGGACCCUGUUCUGCGACCCCAGCUUCCCGGCCGAGGCCAAGUCGCUGGGCUACAACGAGCUGAGCCGCUACUCGCCCAAGACGCGCGGCGUGGAGUGGAAGAGACCCACGGAGUUCUGCUCAAACCCCCAGUUCAUUGUGGGCGGAGCCAGGAGGACUGACAUCUGCCAGGGAGCCCUGGGUGACUGCUGGUUGCUGGCGGCGAUCGCCUCCCUCACUCUGGACAAGGAGAUCCUGGCACGAGUGGUCCCUCAGGAUCAGAGUUUCCAGGACGACUACGCCGGCAUCUUUCACUUCCAGUUCUGGCAGUAUGGCGAGUGGGUGGAUGUUGUCAUUGACGACCGGUUGCCAGUCAGAGAAGGAGAGCUGAUGUUCGUGCACUCAGCAGAGGGCUCUGAGUUCUGGAGCGCCCUACUGGAGAAGGCCUACGCCAAGGUGAACGGCUGCUAUGAGUCCCUGACAGGAGGCAGCACCAUUGAGGGCUUCGAGGACUUCACCGGCGGCAUCGCGGAGGCGUACGACCUGGCCAAGGCUCCCCCGCACCUCUUCAAACUCAUGAAGAGGGCCCUCGGACUCGGCUCCCUGCUCGGGUGCUCCAUAGAUAUCUCAAACGUGUAUGACACAGAGGCAAAGACCGUGAUGAACCUGGUGAAGGGGCAUGCCUACUCGGUCACUGCAGCAGAGGAGGUGCACAUGUACGGGAGGCCUGUUGAGCUGGUGCGGAUUAGGAACCCCUGGGGGCAGGUGGAGUGGAGCGGGGCCUGGAGCGACAACUCAAGUGAAUGGGACAAUGUGAGACCAGAGGAGAAGAGCAAGCUGGACCACUCCGCUGAUGACGGGGAGUUCUGGAUGGCCUACACUGACUUCAUCCGCCAGUUCACUCGUCUGGAGAUCUGUAACCUGACGCCGGACGCUCUGACCAGUGAGGGCGUGCGGCGCUGGAACCACUACCAGUACGACGGCACCUGGAGAGUGGGCUCCACAGCUGGAGGGUGCAGGAACAACACAGCCACGUUCUGCUCCAACCCCCAGUUCUCGCUGCGUCUGGAGGAGGAGGACGACGACCCGCACGAUGGGGAGGUGGGCUGCACCUUCCUGGUGGGCCUCAUGCAGAAGGACACGCGCCGCGAGAGGAUGUUCGGACGCGACCUCAACACCAUCGGCUUCGCCAUCUACCAGGUUCCUGAUGAGUAUAAGGGUCGUUCCAACAUCCACCUGGGCCCGGACGUGUUGCUACGGCAACGGGCAGUGGCCAUGAGCCACACCUUCUCCAACCUGCGGGAGAUGUGCGACCGCUUCAAGCUCCCGCCCGGCGACUACGUCAUCAUUCCGUCGACCUUUGACCCGCACAAGAAGGGCAGCUUCGUGCUGCGCAUCUUCUCCGAGAAGCACGCCCCCACCAGUCCAAUGGAAGAGGACAUUGAAGUCGAGGUUGAAGAGCCUGAGAUUGAGGAUGUGGAUCCACACUUCAAACAGCUGUUCCUUAAGAUUGCUGGGAAUGACUCGGAGAUCUCGGCAUUUGAACUUCAGCAGAUAUUAAACAAAGUCAUCUCUCAGCGAACUGAUGUGAAGACUGAUGGUUUUACUCUGGAGACCUGUCGCCACAUCAUUAGUCUGCUGGACAGAGAUGGGACCACCAAACUGGGCCUGGUAGAGUUUCAUGCUCUCUGGGUGAAGACUCAGAAGUACUUGGAAAUUUUCCAGAGCCACGACAAUGAUAAAUCAGGCACCAUCAGCAGCCACGAGCUGAGAGGAGCUCUGACUGAAGCAGGGUUCAAGCUGAACAGUGACGUGCUGCAGGUGAUUGUGCAGCACUACGCCAACGCUCAGUUCGCCAUCGACUUCGACUGCUUCAUGGGCUGCCUCAUACGUCUGGAGAUGCUCUUCAAAAUGUUCAAGACUCUCGAUAAGAAGGGCUCGGGGAAAAUUGAGCUGGACAUGUUUCAGUGGCUGUGCCUGGCUAUGCAUUAGUGUUCCCCAGAUGUCUGUCCUGUCCUGUGGAGGCGAUAGGGAACCGUUCUGCUCCUGUCGUCGGGGAAACAGCACCAACUGCCUGGCCGUGAUUACCGGAUGGUUCUUUAACCUGUUUUUAUGAUGCACUUUUAAUGAGGGAAUGUACUUAAUUAAACAUUGCUAUUUGCAUAUUAUCAUUAAAACCAAUGCUGGAUUGUCCCUACUGAUUACGUAAGUUCAUGGUUGCUUGGAAAUUGCUUUAUUCAAAGAAUAUGAA